AUGCCUCACGCCGAUGCCGCUUCCCUGCCUUCGGAGAUCAAGACCAAAACCGAGUUCUGGUACCAUGUUCACGAGCAGUUAGCCAUCCUUCUUGAUGGUCAAAGAGACUGGAUCACCAAUCUCGCCAACACCUCCUCCCUGAUGUACAGCUCUCUUUUGGCGUUCCCUGCAUUUGGUGAUGGCCCUUCCGCAGUCAACUGGUGCGGCUUCUACCUCGACUCUAAUCUUUUUCCGACCCCGUCACGGACGCCUGUACGAGCAGCGCCGCUACCCACCGGUGCCACGCGCAUGCUGUUAGGGCCUUUUUGUGGCAAGCCGGCUUGUCAGUUCAUCAACACAACCCCCGGCAAAGCGCGGGGAGUUUGCGCAGACGCGUACACUUCUCGCACGACAGUGCUUGUGCCAGAUGUACAUGCAUACCCAGGCCACAUCGCAUGCGACGGAGGUACGAAUAGCGAGAUCGUAGCCCCACUUGUCCUUCCGGACGGCUCGGCGAUCGGAGUUUUAGACCUGGAUUGCCUCGCGAAGGGCGGGUUUGACGAAGACGACAGAGUGGGUGUAGAACGCAUCGCGAAGCUUGUCGUUGAGACAUGCGACUGGUAG